UUUGAAAAUCGUUAUUUCACUUCCGGAGGCCACAGCUGGCCCUGCCUACUUCUUGCACUCAACCGUCCCUCCUUUGAGUGCGCUCCUCCUGCCAGCAACAGACCUCCGCUCUGCCAACUUCUACUCGGCUUUACACAAAGACAGUCAUUCCCCAUAACCACCAUGUCCUCUGGAAAUGCUCAGAUUGGCAAGCCUGCCCCAAACUUCAAAGCCACAGCUGUAGUGGAUGGGCAGUUCAAGGACAUCCAGCUCUCAGACUACAAAGGGAAGUAUGUUAUCUUCUUCUUCUACCCCCUGGACUUCACGUUUGUGUGUCCCACUGAGAUCGUGGCUUUCAGCGACAGGGCUGAGGAUUUCCGCCGUAUCGGCUGUGAGGUUAUCGGCUGCUCCGUGGACUCUCACUUCAGUCACUUGGCAUGGAUCAACACACCAAGGAAGCAGGGAGGUCUGGGUACCAUGAAAAUCCCCCUUGUGGCAGACCUCACCAAGACCAUCUCCAGAGACUACGGCGUGCUGAAAGAGGACGACGGCAUCGCGUACAGGGGUCUGUUUGUGAUUGACGACAAGGGCAUCUUGCGGCAGAUCACCAUCAAUGACUUGCCUGUGGGUCGCUCCGUGGAUGAGACUCUGCGCCUGGUCCAGGCCUUCCAGCACACUGACAAACAUGGAGAGGUGUGCCCUGCUGGCUGGAAACCUGGCAGCGACACCAUCGUCCCUGACGUCGACAAGAGCAAAGACUACUUCUCCAAGCAGUAAAUGUGAAGGUCUUCUACCCAAUUUCCUAACAGAAGCACUUGCCUUCGGAUGAGGUGUCCGUGUGAAGCAGUAUCUCAUGGCGUCCAAUCUUAUGUGUUAAACCCAACAACGUUCCGAAAGUUGUUAGAUAAAUCUUUUGUUGCAAGUCUUUAAUCUUAGUACGUCCAGUGUACAAUUGGUGGGGCGACCUCAUAGUCUCAAGCACUGAAACUAUAGUUGUUUUGUUCCCUUUUCAGAAAAAAAGUAUUGUUUUUCCUUGCUGUAAUUUAAUAAUUUGCUACCAUCUUUAUUAAACCAGUGUGGAAUUUGUGA